AUGCGCUUCUUCCCGUCCGUUGCAGCCCAAUUGCCACCGCUUCGACGCGCGUUCUCGAGCCCAUCGGCAGCCCAUUCGCACCUUUUGGUGCUCAACGCCGGCAGCUCCUCGCUCAAGUACUCGCUGUUCGGCCUCGAGCCUCACGGCGUGGGCGCCGCUGUGUUCACGGGCCUCGUCGAGCUGUCUUCCACGAGCAGCAGCAGCAGCGGCAGCACUUGCCCCUAUGCUGCUACUACUACUACUACUACUACUACUACUACUACUACUACGACAGCUGCUGCUGCUGGCAAGCGCAGAGACGGACGUAUCAUCCACAAGUCGCUGGCCACGGGCAAAAGGGAACAGGUGGAGAUGCCGCUCGACUCGCAUCGGUCGGCGCUCGAGGCGGUCGUGGCCCAGUUCUUCGGCGCGGACCUACACCGCAUCCGAGCUGUUGGCCACCGCGUCGUGCACGGCGGCGAGGCGUUCAGUCGGGCCUCGCUCGUGGACCAGGCGGUGCGGGACGCCAUCGAGCAGAACGCAAAGCUCGCGCCGCUGCACAACCCGGGAAACCUCUUGGGCAUUGACGUGGCAAGAGAAGUCUUUGGGCCGUGUCCGCAAGUCGCAGUGUUCGACACGGCAUUCCACGCCACAAUGCCGCCCAAGGCCUAUACGUAUGGCGUCCCGCAGACGCUCUACGAGGAGCUUGGCGUGCGCCGCUACGGGUUCCACGGAACGAGUCACCAGUAUGUCGCCAGGAAGGCGGCGGCCCUCCUCGGCAAGUCGCUGCAUGUGUGCAACUUUAUCACGUGCCACUUGGGCAAUGGAUCGAGUGUGGCUGCGAUUCAGAACGGCCGAUGUAUUGACACGAGUAUGGGCAUGACCCCGUUGGAAGGUCUCGUCAUGGGCACUCGCUGCGGCGACGUGGAUCCUGCGUUACACGCCUUUCUCUGCAAGGAACUCGACAUGACGAUCGAAGAGGUCGACACGAUGCUCAACAAGAAGAGCGGGUUGCUCGGCAUCUGUGGAGAAAGUGACAUGCGUAUCAUUCAUGACCGCGUGCGCGAUAGCAACGACGCGGCUGCUUCGCUUGCACUGGACGUGUUUGCCCACCGUGUGCGCAAGUACGUUGGAGCCUACGCGCUUGAGCUCGGGGGUGAUGUCGACGCAAUCAUCUUCACCGCUGGCAUUGGUGAGAACUCGGCUUCGAUUCGUGAGCGUGUGUGUCGCAAUUUGAACUUCCUCGGCAUUGAGAUCAACGGGUCGAAGAACGCUGCAUCAACGAUGGGUGCAGGCCCCGUCGAGAUCCAGGCUGACCACGCGACAACCAAGGUAAUGGUUGUCAACACAGACGAGGAGCGCAGCAUCGCAGAACAGACGUACGAGAUUGCGCUGAAGCAGUGA